AUGCCAUGCUGGGAGGAGGAGGAGGAGGAGGAGGAGGAGGAGGAGGAGGAGGAGGAGGAGGAGGAGGAGGAGGAGGAGGAAGAAGAAGAAGAAAUGCAUCAAAAACUCCCAAGGAAUGAUCCCAUCUCAGGGCGCCUUUCCCGCCACUACCCCAGGGAAGACGGCAUGACCGAUACUCGAUCAAACAACCACUUCAAUCCACGCAUCCUCGAUAAUGUAAAGCGGCCUAUGACCCGUUGGCAACAGCAACAGCAACAGCAACAGCAACAGCAACAGCAACAGCAACAGCAACAGCAACAGCAACAGCAACAGCAACAGCAACAGCAACAGCAACAGCAACAGCAACAGCAACAGCAACAGCAACAGCAACAGCAACAGCAACAGCAACAGCAACAGCAACAGCAACAGCAACAGCAACAGCAACAGCAACAGCAACAGCAACAGCAACAGCAACAGCAACAGCAACAGCAACAGCAACAGCAACAGCAACAGCAACAGCAACAGCAACAGCAACAGCAACAGCAACAGCAACAGCGCAACAGCAACAGCAACAGCAACAGCAGCAGGAUCGAGACACUCUGUGCGUCCUACCACGGAAAAUCUGUAUACAUCCAACAUUGUUAUAGUACCGAGUCCCGCCGUCCGUCCGUCCGUCCGUCCGUCCGUCCGUCCGUCCGUCACGUCAUGUUAUGCGUGUAUGCCAGCAUCACGGUAGUUACGUCCAAGCCAGUCAGUCCUUGA